AUGCGAAGACAAACCUUCCAACCUCCCCACUAUGGCGCGUCCCGUUCGCUCAUCCCCGAAGACGUUAGACUAUACCCAGAAGAGUCAAUUACGAACGACCUACGCGCAACUAAGCCGCGAGCGCUAAACUUAACGUACGGGGGCGUCCACUGGUCGGCCAGUGGCGGCCAACUAGCGGUGGACACGCUGAACGCUCAGCGGCGACCCUACGCUAACCUCCUUACUUUAACUUACUUUAUU